AUCUUGCCCGCUAUCCAUUCUACCACGUCAUGAUGACUGCCUCCGACCCGCCGGAAAACACCAUCGCCCAGGUGUCGGUGCCCGAGGAGGGCAAAACCUACUAUCUGUGCCAAUCCGGAGAGGAUCUCACGGAGGAAGAGCACUCGGACGACAGCAGCGGGAUCGAGUCCCCCGUUGGGUCCGCCCGAGCCGGCACCAACGCGACGUAUCUAGUCCGGAAAGAUGCCCAGAGGGAGAUUUACUGUCUGGAUGAGGAGAACUAUCUCCAAGCCUACGCGUUCGACGAGGACAGCUGGGAGUGGCAGCCGGGGACCUUGGAUGGCCUGCGCAUCCUGGUGGCUUCAAACACCCAUCUCGCUGCUAUCAGUACUGAGGAUGGCUUCGAUCGGGUCUUCUUCCAGCUACCAGAAGGGCAACUGGGCAUGAUCGCUCGACGGGAUGGGCAGGGAUGGCAGAAGUCCUCUCUUCCUCCUACGACCCCGGCAGAUGGAGCGAGUCUCUUUGCCCUCGGCGUUGAAGAUGGGGUGAGACUCUUCUAUUCGCAUAAAGAUUGCUCGAUCCACCAGCUUGCUUGGGAUGGAAGAGACUGGGCUGAUUCCGAGGUUCCUCAGACCGGGGGAAUAUUACAAAAGAGCCACAUCUUUGCCCAGCAGCAGGGUAGCGGGAUUAAUAUCCAGUUUUGUGACGAGGAUGCCCGGGUGUAUGUGCUCAAGGAUGGUAACUUGAGUCGUCUGGGAUUCGUCUUCCAGGGUCGCUUGAAGAAGGACAAGGAUGCCCAGUCCGAUCGCUGGCCGCAGGAGUUGGAAUCGUCUGUCAAAUGGAAAGGGCUGAAGUGAGAUAGGUCAGAAAUUUACAUCCAUUCUAUCCGA